AUGGAAGCAAUAACAGCUGUUCUGGACAGAGCCGGGAAGCGGCGAGCCCCAGGGCUGCGCCCCUCUCCCACGCUGCCAAGCACAGGUACUCCCAGACCCGCAGGGAGGCGCGGCGGCAACUCUCCGCAGACACACCCCGGAGGCAGGUGUUGGCGACCAGGGACAGGGAAGGUCCCGGGCUGGCACUGCAGCCUGGCCGGUGCCGAACCGGGAUCCCAUUCAACAGCACUCCUCUCCACCACCCUUGGGGUCAGAGAUGAGGCGGGAGUCCCCAAAGAGAGCGAACCACCGGAGAGAAGGGAGUGCCGGACUGUGCCCGGGGAGACCGCGGCACCGAGCCCGGGCAGCUCCCUGCCGGGAAUCGGCAGCCCACACCGUCCCGGCUCCGGGCCCACGGGGACCCGAGGGCGGAGGGACUUGAGGGACCGACUAGCGCGGAGGGGUGCGGGCGCCCCGACCACCUCCUCCAUGGCCGCGGGUGUCUGCCCGCGUCGACUCCCCGCGCGGCCCCGCGCCCUACCUCGCGCCUCAGCUCCUCCUCUUUGUUCGCGGCCCCGCAGCGGCGGCGGAGCCCGAAGCAGAUGCGGCCCCGCCGCGCCCGCCUCGCGCAGCGUCUCUGACGCCGCGGCGGCACCCGGAGACUCCUCUCUGCUGCCCCCCUCGCGCGCGCACACACACAGUCCGCCGCCGCCGCCGCCUCCCACUUUCCCAGCGGAGGAGGGCGGAGGAAGAAGAGGAGGAGGACGAGGACGCCGAGCCACUGCGGGCGCCGGGGGCGCGAGGGGGCGGCCCCGCACCACAGCGCCUCCCCCCGGAGCGGGCGCGGCACCUCCGGGAACUGCGGCCCCGGCGCGCCUUCCUCCUGGCGCUGAGGGAACUGACCUGGAUCAGAAAUGGAGAAGACCAGCCCAGCAGACAUCAGGCAGCAAAUGGUUAAACUGUUUGCCAGAAACUCUCACGAAGAGCCCUAUACAAGGGCUGUAUUUGGAGAAUGUCAUAGGGAUGAAGAAUCUAAAAUUCAGCAAUUCUGGGUGCUCUAAAUUCCACCACGGGCAUCUAAAACAACCAGGAAACCUCCCUCCCAGGCUCAACUGACUCACCUGCGCCUGCAAGAUUGAUCAUCACACUGCAUGAUGACAUUGCAUUGCACUGUGACUUCUGUUGUUCCCUUGUUUCACGUGAACAAACCGGUUUUCUUAAUUCGACUGUAAACCAUAGGAGGACAAGGACGAUGUUUUAGAGUUUAGCAUUUAAAUAACUGCUUUAUGGAAAUAUAAUUCUCAUACCUAAUAACUCACCUACUUAAAGUGUACAAUUCAACAGUUUUUAGUAUUUUCAUACAGUUGCGCAACCAUUAUCACAAUCAAUUUUAGAACAUUUUCAUUAUCCCCAAAAGAUACAUUGUACCCAUCAGCUGUCACUCCCCAUUUCUCCAAGCUGCAAGUUGAAUUGUGUCCCCCAAGAGAUAUGCUCAAGUCCUAACCCCCAGAUCCUAUGAAUGUGACCCAAUUGGAAACAGCGUUUGUAGAUGUAGUCAAGUGAAGAGGAUGCCACAUUGGAUUGGGGAGGGCCCUAAAUCCAGCAUGACUUGGAGUCCUUAUAAGGAGAGGGAAAUUUGGAUGCAGAGCUAUGGCAUCUGGGAAGAAGUCCGUAUGUGAAGACAGAGACAGAGAUUGGAAUGCUGCUGCUACAAACCAGGAAAGGCCAAGGAUUUCAGGCAACCAGAAGCUAGAUGAGAUAAGGACAAUUUUUUCAUAGGUGCCCAGGACCUUCAUCCCUAGUCCUUCGGAAGGAGUAUGGCCCUGCCAACACUGA